AUGUCUGACUUCUGCAGCCCCCGCGCCAGCGCCACCCCCCUGGACAAGAUGGUGUCCGAGUGGCUGGACGCGACCCUGAAGUACGGGUACUACGCCCUGUCGGUGGACUCGAGGCUUGAGAUGGAGGACAUGUACGAGCAAAUUUGGGACGCGCUGGCGCAUGCGCUCGGCAUGAUGCCCUCCGGGGUGGAUCCGACGGCCUUUCUGUUCGGGGCCCUGCGCAAGCGCCUGGUGCUCCUGGGCGGCCAGGAGCACCAGGCCGGGGUGCUGGCCGAGCGGAUUGCCACCUACUAUGUGUCGUUCGUUUCGAGGCCGGAGCCGGCCCGGAUCGGCGACACCUUUGUCGACUACUUCUCGGACAUGGAGGACCUGUCGUGCUCGGACGAGGAGUAUGAUUGCUUCGGCUGGUACGAGGAGGAUGCCGGCCGGCAGCCGGGGGAGGGGGGGAGGGGCGCGUGGCCGUGUCGCCGGGCCGGGAGGGCGUGUCGGCGUCGCUGA